AUGGUCGUUGCGGAGAGGCGGGCGAGCAAGAACAGCGAGGACUCGGACGACGGCGGAGAGGCACUCAAGUGGGUCCGCGUGCGCAAGGGCUACCAUGGGACCUCCACCAGGGCCACCGUGCGGCAGGCGAAGCCCGGCGCCACGGCUGCCCAGAGGGCCACCGUGCGCCCAGGCUCGCUCUCCACCGCCGUGCUGAGGGCCACGCAGGCCCGCCUCCGCGCGGAGGGCCGCCCAGAGGAGGCGGAGAGGGUGGGCCUGCCCGCGGAGGCCGCCAGCGCCCGGAGCCAGGCCAGCGACUUCGAGCGGCGCACCUCGGGAGAGUGUCCAGCCACCUGCUGGUGCCCACCGAGUUCGAGGACCUGA